GACGGAGCGGAGACACCGCGCAGGAGAAGCCGGGCGACGGGCUAGCAGAGGCGCGGACCGACACCGACUCUUCCCGACCGACCUCACCGAGGGAUGUGUCGAAUCCGCCGGGGUGUGCGCCUGGGCAGACACCGCAGAGACCCUUCUGAAGAUCUGAAUCCUGUACAUACAAAUAGGAAAUCUGUGUGAAACACACAAGAGGAACCAUGGUAACCUUAGAAACGUCAAGGGACCCUGUUCCUCUCACGGCUCUCUCCCGCUGGUACCUCUACGCCAUCCAUGGCUACUUCUGUGAAGUGAUGUUCACUGCUGCCUGGGAGUUUGUGGUCAACUGCAACUGGAAAUUCCCCGGUGUGACCAGCGUGUGGGCCCUCUUCAUCUACGGCACCUGCAUCCUCAUUGUAGAGCGGAUGUACUUGAAGUUGCGUGGCCGCUGCCCCGUGCUGCUGCGCUGCAUCAUCUACACUCUGUGGACCUACUUGUGGGAGUUUGGGACGGGGCUGCUGCUUCGGCAGUUCAACGCCUGUCCCUGGGACUACACCGAGUUCCGCUACAACUUCAUGGGGUUGAUCACGGCCGAGUACGCCGUGCCGUGGUUCUGCGCCUCCUUCACCGUGGAGCGCUUUGUUAUCCGCAAAACCCUGCGGCUGCGCUUCAAUGAAGGGCCCGAGGAUGGCUGGUCAAACCAUCGGCAUGAUGCUGGAGGAGGAGUAGGAGGAGAAGGUGCUGGAGAAACUUUGGAAGGCAACAGACAACGAGAACAAAGGAGGGGGAGUGACUUUAAUUCAAACGGCUACCUUAAAGUUGAUUGAGUCAAUUUGCAGGGGACUCUGUCAUACCUCCUUGACCUGCCACUGGCACUUUUCCAUAUGCAAUCCUCACCCUUUAGUGCAUGAGAUUGAGAGACAGCCAUCAAGAAUAAGUUAGUUAGUGCUGAGGAAGCCAGAAAACAAAUGUCUAACUGAAGCUUCAAAUCCCAAAUACUCACUGUUGUUAGCUAAACAGAGACUCAUAAUGCUACUGUCAAUACUGCAUUUCACAUUACAUCCACCCAUUUACAUGGGGCUGACCCUCGUGCUAGGAUAUUCAAUGAUCUGGAUUAAACUUUAAAACUCCUUCUUGGAGCUCAGAAUAUAGGAUUUAAAAAAAGCACUUUUGCAGAGAUUAGUGUUAUUGUUCUGUAAAAAGACUUCUUGGGAAAAAAAACAGUAUUUGUGUUAUUUAAGUAUGCACCAAUCUAUGUAAGAACAGUUUUCUUGCCUCAUAGAAGUGUUAAAUGAAAGCAGCACAGCCACGAAGUAUCAGCUAGACACCCAAAUGCCGGACUUUCUUUAAAUUUAAAGGAAUGUGUAAUAUUUAAGAUGAUCUUUCGAGUUGUCAGUAUAGAAAAAACUAUGAAGAUAUGAGGAAUUUUGUUGUGGUUACGUUGUAAUAAGUAAUCUAUAUUAGGGUUGCAUGUGCAAUUUUUCUUUUAGUAAUUGAAUCAGCCUCUGAUUAAACAGCAAUAGAAGUGCUGCUGUGGGUAUUCCCAAACUUUUUUUUUUAAGCAUACCAAAGAGCCGGCCUCUACUUUCCUCCGUCAAAACAGUGCACGUUCACCACCCCCCCACACACACACACAAACACACACACACACACACACACACACACACACCAACAGCCAAGUCAUUGAUUAUACAUGACAAACCCUUUACAAAACAUGCGUCUUUAAAGAAAACCUAACAGUCACCUGAGUCUUAAAUACCUUGGUAUGGAGGUAAGUUGUCAGGAUGCAUGGUGAAGGCCCAUGCUUAUUCUCAUAAGGUGCUAAAGCUCAUAAUAGGCACAAAUAAAACUAGAUAUUAACAUGCACUUUAUAAGAAGACAUAACCAUUUUUCUCUCACUGUGUGAUAUUAAAUCAGACUAAUCAGACCAGAAAAAUGAUUGAUCAGUUAUUUCAAUCUGGAGAGACUCAGACGGAGAAAAGUUUAUUAAGAGCAUGAAUUAAAUCUGUGGCGCUCGGGCCCCGGCUGAGGACAUCGAUUAUCGCAAACUUUGCGAUGGGCUCAGAUGAGCUUUCCAUAUGCUGAUAGGAACGUCAUCCCCCGGGACCCGGCACUGCUGGUGGAGGCGAUGAAGGAUGCGGCCGGAUAGCCGAGCGAGUGGGGGUGAAGGGGUGGAGGUGGGCUGAGCUCUGCUGGAAAGCGCAGGACGCCAUGGAUGGUGGUCCUUAUCAGCUGGUUGCUUGGACGGUGAUUGGACGUGACGAGUCUUGGACCGGCGUCGAUCAAUCAACGGUGAUGAGCCGGGAGCUCUGGUUGGAUGAUGCAGGUGGGGCUAAAAGAGUCUUCCAGUUUGAAUUUGCGCCUAGGCUUCAUUUUAAAGAAUAUCCACAGGUUCACAGAUAUUCUUCAAUUUGAGUUAGAAGAUCCCAAAGCCAUGAGAUCAUUCUCAUUAUCUGGACUCACUAAAUGUAAUCUUGGAACUAUAAACUUAAAGGAAGUUAUAGAAAUGAAAAAUUUCUCUCAUUAUUCUGGUGCUGAUAAAAAAUAAUUUUGGUGGGGCUAACUGGAAACAGGAAAAGGCAAGUCUGACAUAAUAUCAGAGAAUACGAUAAAACUGUCUUGCUUAUACAGUUGAUGGAAAUAUCUGGUUUCAAGUUUAGAAUUAGGGGAGAAUGACCUAAAACUCUGUGUUUGUGUUACACCUGUCUUCAGAGCUGCGUGCAAUUUCACCAAUUCGUACCCUUCUUUCUCACACAACCAGUACCAUUUGACCCGGAACCGCUUCCAUUUGGUACAGGACCAAUUUAUUGUCUUGGUAGUUAGAAAUUGAUGAAGCUCACUUAUGAUUUAUUUAAUUGUAUAUUAUUUUCUGAAGAUUUUAGACUAGGAGUAUUAACACUGGUCCAGAUUCCCGCUUUGACCGGUUGACUUAAAUGAAAAAGGAGCGAUUAUGAGGCUCAAGUUUUCUGCUAGUGGUAGCUUUUCCCAGUCAACUCUGUAUUCCAGCUUAUGGAUGCAAGAAUUGUAAAAAUCGAAUAUCCACUUUAUUUCUUUUUAACAAAAAAUGCAUCCAUUUACAGACUUGUAGACUUUUUUUGGCGGGGUACAAUUCGGAGUUGGCUACUACAGAACUUUUUGUUUUGUUUUUUUCAGAUCUGUAUUCACCAGUUUCAUACUGGCUUUGAGAAGGCAUAAUUUAACGUGUCUUUCCAUACUCUAAUCAUAGCUAUGUAAGAAAAUGUGGCUAUAUGACUUGGCUAAACAACAACAUACAGAAGGUCGCUCAUUGUUAUUCUGCUUUCAUUGAUCUUUAAGUCAACCGGCCUAAAUGGGAAUCAGAACCAAAAUGCUUGGAAGUAAUAAGAUUUUGGAAACUAUUUUACAAACUAUUUAAAUUAUACAUAAGAUUUGGGCAUUUUAUGACCAUUUGUCUACAGUAAUACACAAAAACACUUGACUACAAAAAAAGGUAAGAUGAUUUAGUCUUGGUAUUAUUUAUACGGAUGUAUGAAAUGGUAUGGUUAUGGGUAUGAAAUGGCUGAAGAAAAUUACUAAUGUAGGUAACGUGUGUGUGUGUGUGUGUGUGUGUGUGUGUGAGAAUUGAGGGUGCGAGUUGGCAAAGCAGCAAUUAAAUUAACACUGUUAAUAAUGGUUGCUUUUCUUUUGCGUGAUAUAUCUCCAAACUUGUCUUUCUGCCACCAUCACUCUUAAUGUGAACGUAAGCAUUGACGUGGUGCGACAGCAAAAACUGUCCUUGUGAAACACUGUGGCCGCCGCAUCACACCCGUUUGUGUGAAUUAAAAGUCACACCAGGCCAAAUUUAAUUUCUUUAAUAAAGGCUUUUAAGUCGCUUGAAGGAAACACUUUGGCUAAUGUUCACUUGGCAGCAUUUUCAUCACAUUCUGCAGCAAUGGACCUUUAAGAAUGUAUCCUUCCCCAGUAGCAGGGUUUCACCAUUAUUUAUUUUUUCACUUUGGUUCUCAAGGAUCACAUAAAAAAAAAAAAAAAUGCAUGGAAAGAUCUUCUUUCAGCCCGUUUAUUCAAUCAACAACCAUAAUGUAUGUCUGAUGAAUCACUGUGCUGCAUGUGCGAAUAGAAUGACAGAAGUUGCUGGUUAUCAGCGAGGGUCUGCGGUUGUCUUCUCCUAGCAUGUCAAAGUGUCCCUGAGCCACACGUUGAACCACUAAACUGUAAGUAAGCAGGUCAUGGCUUUGCAUGGAUGCUUUCCUACUGUGUUUUUUUUUUUUGUGUGUGUGUGUGUGUGUAAUUGGACAUAUAUGUGUGUUUUUUUGGUAAAUAUGGGGAGGAUAAAUAAAAUUAUUCCUCUUGACAUAAUUUCUAUUACCUAUAUGCUAAAGUCUGUGACGACUGUGAGUCAUGGCCAUCAACAUAAAAGCCUUUUGCAAUUUUUUAUUUUUUUUAAGAAUUAUCUUGUGUGUCUCUGUCUGCAAUUACCACUUUGUGUGGUUUGAUGCUUGAGUAUGGCAAAGACUUAAAAGUCUUAUGUAACAGUAAUUACUGUAAAAAAAACCCACACAAUUCACAGAGCCUUGCAAAAGCAUUGGCAUUUUUUGCGAUUACAAAAUUCAGUGUAUUUGGAUGGGGUCCAUGUGAUAAACCGACACAAAGUAGUCAUAAAUGUACAGUGGAAUUAACACAUUGUGUUCAACCUAUUUUACAGUCAAAAUAAUUACAUAAAUGUGUGCUAGGAGGAAUAUGUAUUCAACACUCUUUACUCUGACACCAGAAAUGGUGCAACUUAUUGCCUUCAGAAGUCAUGUGUGUGUAAUCGAAUCUCAGUAUAAAUACAGCUGUUUCUGUGAAGGCCUCAGAUGUUUGUUUCUACAAACCACACGCCACUUCACAAUGACGGUAAAGACAGAUUACAAGUAACAAUUUUCAGAUUUUGACUUGCAAACUCAUGUGACGUGCUCCUUUGUGUUCGUCGGUCACAUAAAAUCCAGGUAAAACACAUUUGGUGUGCAGUUGGCAUAAAAAAAAUAAGUGCUUUUGGAAGGCUCUGUAGAUACCAUAAGCAUAUUUCUAGAGAAUUUAAAAACAAAAAAGCCACGAGAAACAUUCAAGAGUAACACCAGUAGUUAUAAAAGACAUAUCAGUAAGAUUAAGCAUGUUUUUAUUGGCUUGAAUCUAAACCCUGUAUGGGAUCACAGGCUGACAGCCUCUGUCAAAUGACUCUUUUCUAAACAUGUCCCUGGGGGAAAAAGGAACAUAACUAAACCGAAUAUAGACUCAAAAUGUCAUAGCAGACUCUAGAUAAACUCAAUAAAUAAUAGUAAAAAACAUUAUCCUUUUUAAUGUUUCCACUGUUCUGCUUGACUAAGUGUUCACUAUGACCUUCUCCUGUGUUGAUGCGUUAAACGUGGAGUUUUAUCUGCGCGUGGCUCUCCUGAGAGAGCUGCUCUGCAUCUCAGAUGAAGUGCUGCCACCUAGUGGUGAGUGGUCUGCUAAACAUCCAGAAAACGGAAUGCUUUGUUUUGCACUCUUCGCCAGUGUAUGCAUUUUUCAUUAGGCUUGAAAGCAAUACUGUAGAUGCGAUUAUUACCCUUUUCUAAGGAAACGUCUCUGCAUAAUUCAUAUGCAGUAAAUAUCUUAACUGGCUAACCUAAAUGUAUUCUCUGCAAUAUGUGUGUGAAGGAACUUUGAGUCACGCAGAGACGCUUGUCUGCAAGUAAGUGCAUGAAUAAGAUGUUAACAGUAAGCUGGGUGUCUGGUGUUGUUUUUAUUUUUAUUUUCUCUCUCUUUGAAUGUGCAUGUCUAAAAGCAGCUCCACCGAACUCCAGUUUCAAGCUGCUGAUGAUCUGUACUGUAUAUCGCCAAUGAAUGAUUUAUCAAUCUCCGAGGAACAAAUGUUAAAAAAAAAAAGUAUUUGGUUUUUAAUGUGUGUGGGUGUGAGAACUGUGAAAUAUAUCUAGAAUGCCUUUUUAUAUUAUUUCCUGAUUAAUUGUUGUCAUUAACCCUCAUGAAUUAAAAAUAAACAUCUU